GCCCCUGCCCCUCCCUCCAGGGGCUCUCACAGCCAACAUGGCGGCUCCCUGUGUGUCCUGCGGCCGGGCGCUUUCGCGUCGGCUCUCCCACGCGGUUAGGGUUAGCCUCUGCCAGAGGCCGGGGUACUGGCCCACCUCGGCGGUUGACUGGCAGGCGGGUCCCAGGUCCCAGCUAUUAAAGCUAAUACAUACCACAGUUGUAACAAAAAAGAAAAAUGUCCAAGCCUCAAGACAGGAAUCAUAUACAGAAGAUUUUAUUAAAAAGCAGAUCGAAGACUUCAACAUAGGGAAGAGGCACUUAGCCAACAUGAUGGGAGAGGACCCGGAAACUUUUACCGAAGAGGAUGUUGACAGAGCUAUUGCUUACCUCUUUCCAAGUGGUUUGUUUGAGAAGCAAGCCAGGCCAAUAAUGAAGCAUCCUGAACAAAUUUUUCCAAAACAAAGAGCAAUCCAGUGGGGAGAAGAUGGCCGCCCAUUUCAUUUUCUCUUCUAUACUGGCAAACAGUCAUACUAUGCAUUAAUGCACGAAGUGUAUGGAAAGGUCCUCCAGCUAGAAACCCACAGAGGUCCACUUUCAGGGAAAACUGAGCCCAGAGACCUGAUUGGCAGCAGAUGGCUGAUUAAGGAGGAACUAGAAGAAAUGUUAGUGGAAAAACUGUCAGAUCAAGAUUAUGUACAGUUCAUUCGACUGCUGGAAAAGUUAUUGACAUUGCCCUAUGGUCCUGCUGAAGAAGAAUUUGUGAAGAGGUUCCGCAAAAGUGUAACUAUUCAGUCCAAAAAGCAGGUGAUUGAGCCCGUGCAGUAUGACGAGCAAGGCCAGGCAUUCAGCACCAGCGAAGGCAGGAGGAAGAGCGCCACAGCACAGGCGGUUGUUUACAAGCACGGAAGUGGGAAGAUCCGGGUGAACGGACUUGAUUACCUGCUUUACUUUCCCGUCACACAGGACAGAGAACAGCUCAUGUUCCCUUUCCACUUCCUGGACCGGCUGGAGAAACACGAUGUAACCUGCACAGUCUCCGGGGGUGGGAGAUCAGCGCAGGCAGGAGCCAUACGCUUGGCGAUGGCCAGAGCUUUGUGCAGCUUCAUCACCGAGGACGAGGUUGAAUGGAUGAGACAAGCUGGACUACUUACUCCUGAUCCACGGAUCAGGGAACGGAAGAAGCCAGGCCAGGAGGGUGCCCGAAGAAAGUUCACCUGGAAGAAGCGCUAAGUCAGGCUUUCACAGGAGAGCCGGGAACACCUGUGUCUGUGUGCCUAGCUCGGGAGAGAGCAUGUUCCUGUACACUGACUAAGGGUGGGCAGCACAUUUAGACAUUGUUUUGACUGUGACUUACUUAUUUUUAAGUUACACCAUGACUUAUUUUUAAGUACUAUUUUGUUGUGAUUACCAUUAAAAAUACUGAAAAAUAA